AUGGCGAAGUUCGUGCUGGCAGGUAGGGCAGAUUGCCCCUAUUAUGCUAAAGCAGAACUCCUAGCUGACUAUCUGCAGGAAAAUUUGCCUAACUUCAGGAUACACAAGAUUAUUCAACAUCCUGACAACUGGGAGAACUGGCUGCAGGAGAUCUGUAAUCAGAAUGGCUGGAAACACAAACGCUCUCCAAUUAUUUGGAGAGAACUAUUGGUCCGUGGAGGAAAGGGCCUUCUUCUAGGAGGAUUCAAUGAAUUUCUAGAACAUGCUCAGCACUACUAUAACGUCACAUCACACAUGAUGACUGAAGAGAUGUUCUUAAUAGCUAAAGAGAACUUGCAUAAUUGCAUAGAAAUUGAAACAGAAGAGGAAGAACUAAAAAGUCUUAUCAACCCCUUGCACAUUUGGGUCAACAGGGCAUGCAGUCAUGCCUGCUAUCAUCUGAUCCCUUUAUUAACGAAUGGAGAAAUAUUUGGAAUGGAAACUGAGGUCAGCCUUCAUUUGUUGGACAGAAGCAGUUUCAAAGAAAUUCUUCAGGGUGUUGUUAUGGAGACUCAAGAUUUAGCAUCCCCGGUCCUUCGUAGUGUCACCUCCCACACUGAACUGGAGGAGGCUUUCCUUGAUGCUGAUAUCAUCAUUUUGUUUGAUGACAUCCUACAGGAAACAAUCCCAACACUUGAAGACUGUAUCCACCAAGUGACCAAUCAAUGUAAAAUAUAUGGCCCUUUGAUAGAGCAGAAUGCCAAAAGCAAUGUCAGAAUUAUUGUGAUGGGAAAAAUCUUUGCCAACCUUAAGGCAUUAAUGCUUAUGACACAUGCACCAUCUAUAAAUCCUCGAAAUAUUGUCACUCUUGCCAUGCUCUUGGAAAGUGAAGCCAAGGCUCUGUUAGCAAGAAAAAUGCAAAUGCACCCAGCAGGGAUAAAAAAUCUCAUAGUCUGGGGGAACGUCAGUGGCAGUAGCUUCGUUGAUCUGAGUAAAACAGAGCUAUAUAGAUAUGACAGCGCCAUCUGGGGCCCACCAAGCUUUUUUCGUCCUUUGUUGGAUGUGCUGUUUGAUCGCGAAUGGAUGCAUAUUGAAUUUGUGGCUUCACUGAGUUCACUAAGUUCUUGGGGAACUCGUGGUUUAGGAAUGGCACCUGCACAUACAAUUGCUACUGUGCUGAGAUACUGGUACCAAGGAUCCCCUCCUGGAGAAAUGGUCUCCUUGGGAGUAAUUAGUGAAGGUCAAUUUGGACUUCCUGAGGGGAUUGUCUAUUCAAUGCCUGUAAGGUUUGAGGAUGGCAGCUGGGAGAUCUUUACAGAAGUAGAAAUUACUGAGAAAACUCAAGCAUAUCUUCUGAUUAUGGCCUGUGAUCUAAUUCGGGAAAAACAAGUUGCCUUAGGUGAAGUAGCAGAACUGAAUCCACAGAGAAGAGAAGUUCAUGUGGUAUAUAGCGAUUUAGCAGAAGAAGAGCAAGACUUUGAAGUGAAGGAUGAAUCCAGAGUUUCCUCAAGUGACCAAGGAAUAACCUUGGAAAGUGAAGAUCAAGCUAUUGCUGAAGAAACUGAAGAUACUACUGAUGAAUUAAAUGAGUACAAAAAUACUGAAGAACAAAACAUUGAAGCUGAAGAUGGUUAA